AUGAACAACAACGGGAAUAGCAACGAGCAACUGCAACAAGAAUUGGCCACCACCCAAGAGCAAGUGGCUUCCAUUAUCGAGUCCUUUGUUGAAUUGGGUGUCUCCAUAUAUGAUUUUCCUGGUACUCCGGAAGCUACCAAGGGAAUGAUCACCAACUUGCAAAGAAACGUGGACCGGCUGUACAAGCUAAAUGUGAGAAGUAACGAUCCCAAAUCUAGCUUGUCCAAGGUAGAUAUUCCCUUAGAAGUUGUUCAGUACAUUGAGGAUGGUAGAAAUCCUGAUAUUUACACAAGAGAGUUUGUCGAAGCUAUAAGGAGAUCAAACCAAUACCAGAGGGGCAAGAUGCUUGGAUUGAAGCAGUUAAGAGAUUCGCUUGCUGAUAAGAUUGUGGACGAAUUUCCAGAGUUAAAAGAACCAGUUGAAGAUAUCAUUAAUAGGACAUCUCCUACUGGCGAUUUUUAUAAAACUAAUUGA